AUGGAGAAGAACACGCCGGUCAGGAAGCCUCACACAUCAACGGCAGAUCUACUUACCUGGUCUGAGAAUCCGCCGGAAUAUUCCCCCGCCUCCGCUUCUGCAUCCCGUGCAUCUGCCCGUUCCCACCAGCCGUCUGAUGGGAUCAGAAAGGUGGUGUUUGGCGGUCAGGUUACGGAUGAAGAAGUCGAGAGCUUGAAUAAAAGGAAACCGUGUUCAGACUAUAAAAUGAAGGAAAUGACUGGUAGUGGUAUAUUCAAAUCAAAGGGAGAAAGUGAAGCAUCGGAAUCUGAGGAUAUUGAGCAGAACUCGAUGAACAAAACUGGACUACGAAUGUACCAGCAAGCAUUGGCGGGAACCAGUCACAUUUCUUUUGGUGAAGAAGAAACAUUUUCUCCCAAGAAGCCAACUAGUCUGCAUGAAGUGGCAAAGCAGCGGGAGUUGAGUGGAACUCUGGAAAGUGAGUCCGAGGCAAUGUUGAAGAAACAAAUUUCAGACGGAAAAAUGAAGGAGCUUAGUGGGCAUGAUAUUUUUGCCCCACCACCUGAAAUUCAACCCCGCCCCUUGGCUACUCGCGCUUUGGCGUUACGAGAAAGCAUUACUAUUGGAGAACCUGCAUCGGAUAAUGGUGCUGGAGGCCAGAACAAUGGUGCUCUGAGUGAGGAACCCACUGUCAAGACAGCAAAGAAGAUUCCUAACCAGAAAUUUGCAGAGCUUUCAGGCAACAACAUUUUCAAGGGAGACGCAUCACCUGCAUCUACUGAGAAGCCUCUGAGUUCUGCGAAAUUGCGAGAAAUGAGUGGCAGUAAUAUAUUUGCCGAUGGGAAAGCUGAAUCCCGGGAUUACCUAGGUGGGGUUCGGAAACCCCCGGGUGGGGAGAGCAGCAUUGCUCUGGUGUAA